UCCUGCAGCCGCGGCGCGGGCUCAGCCAAUGGCAGCCCCGCGCUCGGGACCUGAGCUGUUUACCCAAGCUCAGCCCUCCCCCUCCUCCUCCUGCGAAGAUCCUUGGAGCAGCCAAGCCUGGAAGAGCGAGCGAGGGCGGAGAGAGGAGCGAGGGAAAGAGGCACGAGCGCAGAGGGAGAGGAGGCAGCGCUGUGGCAGGAGAGGUGUGGCCGGUUAGAGCAUCUUGGCCGGAGGGCUUGGACCGGAGCAUCUCCUGCCUCCCUCACUGCCUCUCUCCGGGGCGGGCAAGGCGCGCUCAGCCCGGACCAUGCCCCUCCGCCGGCGCAGGCUGGGCCACGCUGGACAUUCAGCAUAACUGGAGCUCCCCCACCCCACCCCCUCCUCCGACACCUUCGCCCACUUCCCUCCUCCUCACUGCGGCGGCUGCUGCCUCCUCCGCGAGGACCUGCUAGAGUGAUGGGCUGCAUAGGAUCCAGGACUGUAGGGAAUGAGGUGAUUGCAGUGGACUGGAAGGGACUGAAAGAUGUGGACCAGAUCAAUAUGGACAGCACCAGCUCAUUGCAUGGCAGUAGCAUCCACCGACCCUCCACUGAGCAAACCCGGACAGAUUUCUCCUGGGAUGGUAUUAAUCUCUCCAUGGAAGACACAACCUCCAUUCUCCCCAAGCUGAAGCGGAACUCCAAUGCUUAUGGAAUCGGGGCUCUGGCUAAGUCGUCUUUCUCUGGCCCCUUAGGGAUAUCCCGCAGCAUGAAGGAUCACGUCACGAAGCCAACGGCUAUGGGACAGGGUCGUGUAGCUCACAUGAUCGAGUGGCAAGGAUGGGACAAAGGUAACAGCCAGCAACAGCUGCAUACACAUGAGGCGGUGCGCAAGGAUGCUGAUGCCUACUCAGACCUGAGCGAUGGCGAGAAGGAGGCCCGAUUCCUUGCAGGGGUGAUGGAGCAGUUUGCCAUCUCUGAGGCCACUCUCAUGGCCUGGUCCUCCAUGGAUGGUGAGGAUGUGAGUGUCAACUCCAACCAGGAGAACCCAGCAAGCAACUACAGUGAGAACUACCAGGAGCUGAUGGAGAACCAGGAUCACAUGGCCCAGGCACAGUAUGACAGCUGGCCUCAUUCCUAUGUCUCUCAGGGCAUGUAUUGCCUGGGCUCCUCUGAUGCUUGGGAGACCAGCGACCAGUCCCUCAUUGCUUCCCCAGCUACUGGUUCCUACCUAGGCCAGAACUUUGAGGAGACCCAGUCCAACCUGCAGGAGAGCACAUUGAUUCAGAGUAGCCUCAUCCAGCAGCAUCAGAUGCAGCAGCAGCAACCACAGGCCCUGCUCCAGAACCCAGGGCUUAUUGACAUGUGGCCCCCUCAGACUGCCUCAGUGGGUGGUGGUGGGGCCGAAUCCAGCACAUACAUGGGGGUGCAUACAGAGGAGGAAGGGAACCCACUACUGGAGAAGGCCCCGCUGCUAAACAAGAAGGCCUCUCCAGAGGAGGACGAUGCUGUAUGCCGGGAUCUGGAGUCACUGUCACCUCGGGAGGAGCUGGACCAUGCCGCACUCAGCUGCAAGGUCUCGGAUGUCACCUCGUCCGGGGUGCAGUCCUUUGAUGAGGAGGAGGGGGAAGCAAACAAUUGAUGCUGCCAGUGAGGAAUCCGUCAGCACUACCAAAUGGGAGAGGGGAAGGGAGAAUGAAAUGACAGGAAAACCUCUCCCAGGUUCCCAGGCGGACACACGUGUCAUUCUGACUUUUCAUUUUUAACAAAAGGGAAGUAAAGGACUGGAGGUGUUUGACAAGGUCAGAGCCCUCCUUGCCCACCAUCAUGGACUGAUCCCAUGGCCCCCUGUUCUGGACAGCAUGCUGGGGGCUCAGGGAACUCUGGACUUUAAAUCUUUUUGAUACAAAGGUUUGGCUCUGGAUUCAGACUGCUCAGAUGCUGGGAUGUGGCUCCCAAGAUACAAACAAUGGCUUGAGACAGGGAUAUGGCUGUAUGGAUAGGAUCUAUCUUGGUAGAAUGUAUGUUGUUUUGGGGCUACAAUCUGCUUUGAUCCAUGGGAUAUGUGAAUACAGAGUUUGUUUUGAACAGGGCACAAGGCUGUGCAGAUAUAGGUUGCACUGAUAGAAAGAUUAUGACUGAUAUACAGGAUAAGGCUGUAUGAAUAUAGCCACUGCACUAAUAGGAUGGAUGAGCUAUAUGGAUAAAUACUGUACAGUUCUUUGACAUGAGAACCAAGGCUCUGUGGAUACGGACUGUACUGUGGUAUGGAUGGUGAGGCUUUGUGGACAAGAGCUGUGCUGUGAUAUGGAUGGUGUGACUCUGUGGACACAGGCUGUGGUCUGGUAUGGAUAGUGUGACUCUGUGGAUACGGGCUGUGCUGUGGUAUGGAUGGUGUGACUCUGUGGACACAGGCUGUGCUCUGGUAUGGAUGGUGUGGCUCUGUGGACACGGGCUGUGCUCUGGUAUGGAUGGUGUGGCUCUGUGGACAUGGGCUGUGCUCUGGUAUGGAUGGUGUGGCUCUGUGGACAUGGGCUAUGCUCUGUGAUGGAUGGUGUGGCUCUGUGGACAAGGGCUGUGCUUUGGUACGGAUGGUGUGGCUCUGUGGAAACGGGCUGUGCUGUGGUAUGGAUGGUGUGACUCUGUGGACACAGGCUGUGCUCUGGUAUGGAUGGUGUGGCUCUGUGGACAAGGGAUGUGCUCAGGUAUGGAUGGUGUGGCUCUGUGGACACGAGCUGUGCUCUGGUAUGGAUGGUGUGACUGUGGACAAGGGCUGUGCUCAGGUAUGGAUGGUGUGGCUCUGUGGACAAGGGCUGUGCUCAGGUAUGGAUGGUGUGGCUCUGUGGACACGGGCUGUGCUGUGGUAUGGAUGGUGUGACUCUGUGGAAACAGGCUGUGCUGUGAUAUGGAUGGUGUGACUCUGUGGACACAGGCUGUGCUCUGGUAUGGAUGGUGUGGCUCUGUGGACACAG